GUGCGCUGUUACAAGAUGUCACUAGGUACAUUUUACACUCGCAAUCCAAAUCCACGAUCAUAUGGCAUUAUCGCAGUCGCGAAAAUCCUAGGACUGGAGAUCGAUGUUAAGAAUCUUGAUUACAAGAAUAAAGAUGACCAACAAAAGCUCCAUCGGCUCAACUCUCUAGAUCAAGUCCCAGUAUUUGUCGGAUCAGAUGAUUUCGUUCUAACAGAGUGCAUUGCCAUUGCGCUAUAUGUCACCUCUCACGUACCCACCACGAGUCUCUUGGGCAAAAACCGUAAGGACGACCACAAAAUUCAGCAAUGGAUGUCGUUCGCCAAUAGCGAUCUCCUGCCAGCAAUCGGAGGCAUCAUCCUUCCCCUACUCGGUCUUCCCCUCGCCGUGCGCAAAAACACGCAAGAUUGUCUGCGUGCACUACACGCCGACUUUAAGCUGCUUGAACAACAACUUCAGACGAGCAAGUAUCUCGUUGGUGAUGAAGUUACACUCGCCGACUAUUUCACAGCUGGCACCAUGGUGUUCGGUGUUUUCGUAUUCCAUCAUCUGUUGAGGGAGCGCUAUCCCAGAGUUUUAGAAUGGUUUUUGGGCAUGCACGAGAUCCCGGAGUUCAAGGAGGUUGUGGGAGAAUUGAGGUUUAUGGAAGUGCCAGUGCCGGCGUUGGAAGAGGAUGGAGAAUCAUUGGAGAAAUUGGUGGAUGCAUCUUCACCUUCUCCGUGAC